GUCAGUCAGUCGUUUUGGGUCCUUCCAAUGACAAGCGAAAAGAAGCAACUGCUUCUUCUGUGAUCUCUGGGAAUUCCUGUCUGUUUUUGGAGUUACAUAAAACAUGGGAUUUGAGCUGGAUCGCUUUAAUGGGGCUGUGGACCCAGAUUUUAAAUGCAACUUGUGCAAUAAAGUUUUGGAGGAUCCGCUUACCACUCCGUGUGGUCAUGUCUUCUGCGCUGGCUGUGUCUUGCCCUGGGUCGUCCAGCAAAGCAGCUGCCCGGUGAAGUGCCAAAGGAUCUCUACUAAGGAGCUGAACCAUGUUCUCCCUCUGAAAAAUCUGAUUCUCAAGUUGGACAUAAAGUGUGACAACUAUUCCCGGGGCUGCGAGAAAGUGGUUAAACUGCAACAUCUCGCAGAGCACGCAGAGAUGUGUGAUUAUUCCCCAGCUAAAUGCAGGAAUAAGGGAUGCAACGAAGUGCUGAACCUUAAAGACAUGGAUGCCCAUAUGCGUGAAACUUGUGAUUACAGACCUGUCGGGAUUUGUGAAAAUGGAUGUGGUUUGAUGCUUAUCUAUAAAGAGCAGAAAUUAGGCAACCACUGUUGUUUGAAGGCUCUUAGGGCUCAUAAUAGCACAUUGCAAGCUAAAAUUGUAGGAUUGGAUAAGGAGUUCAAGAAGCAAUCGCUGAAAUCGAGCAAAAGAGAGAAAUCUCUUCUGGCUCAGCUGUCCUCAGUUCAUAAUGAGCUGCAAAUGACAGCUCUGAAGUACCAAAAGAAAUUCACAGAAUACAGUGCCAGGAUCGACUCUCUGACCAAAAGCCUUGCUCCUCCAUGUAAGGGCGGAGAGACAAAAAACCUCAAAGUCAUUCUUCAUCGUGAAUCCGGAUCUCUGGGAUUUAAUAUUGUCGGUGGCAGACCUUGUGCGGACAAUGAGGAUGGCUCUUCAAAUGAAGGCAUCUUCGUUUCCAAAAUAGUGGAGAAUGGGCCAGCUGACAAGGAAGGGGGACUACAAAUUCACGACAGGGUUAUGGAGGUCAAUGGAAAAGAUCUGUCCAAAGCCACCCAUGAACAGGCAGUGGAAGCUUUCAAAAUGGCCAAGGAGCCCAUCGUGGUGCAGGUGCUUCGAAGAGCUCCACGCACAAAAGUUUUGAAUGCCACCCAGGAGUCCCAGCUCCCAGACAUGAGCACACAGACGGACAUCACCUUCGAGCACAUCAUGGCCCUGGCAAAACUGCCACCUCCCAGCACACCUGUUGGUGUUCUUGAGCAGUACCUUUUGCCAGAAGGACAUUCCCCAGGACAUGAAUACUAUGACCCAAAUGACUUCUUGGAAGGCAUGCACCAGGAAAUGGAGAGAGAGGAGCUUGAAUAUGAGGAAGUGGACUUGUACCGACUGAACAGUCAGGACAAACUUGGACUCACUCUUUGUUACAGAACUGAUGAUGAAGAUGACACAGGGAUCUAUGUAAGCGAGAUUGACCCCAACAGCAUCGCUGCUAAAGAUGGUCGAAUCAGAGAGGGAGAUCGUAUUAUCCAAAUCAAUGGUAUAGAGGUGCGGAACAGGGAGGAAGCAGUUGCUCUGCUGACCAGUGAAGAGAGUAAAAAUGUGUCUCUUCUUGUGGCCAGGCCUGAAAUUCAGCUGGAUGAAGGAUGGAUGGAUGAUGACAGGAAUGACUUUCUGGAUGAUUUACACAUGGAUAUGCUGGAACAGCAGCACCACCAGGCCAUGCAAUUCACUGCCAGCAUGCUUCAACAGAAAAAGCAUGAGGAAGACGGUGGAACUACAGACACAGCGACAAUUUUGUCCAACCAGCACGAGAAGGACAGUGGGGUGGGGCGCACCGACGAAAGUACACGCAACGAUGAGAGCUCAGAGCAAGAGAACAUGGGAGACGACCAGACCACGUCCUCCAAUACCUUAGGGAGCCACAAGAAACUGACCUACAGCCAUGACACUCUCGGUAGUGGGGACAUGCAGUUCAGCAACGAAUCCUUCAUAUCUGCAGACUGCACAGAUGCAGACUUUCUGGGAAUCCCUGCAGAUGAGUGUGAGAGAUUCCGUGAGCUUCUUGAGCUGAAAUGUCAAGUGAAGAGCGCCAACCAGUACAGUCUUUACUACAGUACCAGUACAACAGAUGUGAACAAAAGUGACCAAGAAAGUGUUGACAAGGAGCUGGAGAUGCUGAAUGAAGAGCUAAGAAACAUUGAGCUGGAGUGCCUCAACAUUGUGAGAGCUCACAAGAUGCAGCAGCUGAAGGAGCAGUAUCGAGAGUCCUGGAUGCUACACAACAGCGGUUUCCGAAACUACAACACCAGCAUCGACGUUCGCAGGCAUGAGCUGUCGGAUAUAACAGAGCUGCCAGAGAAAUCAGAUAAGGAUAGCUCAAGUGCCUACAAUACUGGUGAGAGUUGCAGGAGCACACCUCUAACACUGGAGAUGUCCCCUGACAACUCCCUGCGGAGAACAGCAGAGAGCAGCCAGGGCAGUGAGAGGGUGGCUGUCAGUAUGACAGGGGCAAAUAGUGUGGCUCAGAAGCCUUUGUUGUCCCAAGUGGGAGGUCAGGAGUUAACCUCUGUUAAAGGUCGCACUUCCUCCAAGGAUUCAGACUCCAGCAAGCAAUCAGAAGGAAAAGAUAGGAAAACCGCGGAAGUCAAUAAGCCUUCAAAAAGUUCUAGCUCCUGCUUAACCUACCCACACUCUCCUUACAAACAUGCUCAUAUUCCAGCUCAUGCCCAGCACUACCAGAGCUACAUGCAGCUGAUUCAGCAGAAGUCUGCCGUUGAGUAUGCCCAGAGUCAAAUGAGCCUUGUGAGCAUGUGCAGAGACCCCAGCUCACAAAGCACACUGGAGCCCAAGAUGGAGUGGAAAGUAAAGGUCAGGAGCGAUGGCACACGCUACAUUACCAAGAGACCCGUGAGGGACAAGCUCCUCAAGGAGCGGGCAAUGAGGAUAAAGGAGGAACGAAGCGGCAUGACGACAGACGACGACACCAUCAGCGAGAUGAAGAUGGGCCGCUACUGGAGCAAAGAGGAGAGGAAGCAGCACGUUGUGAGAGCGAAGGAGCAGAGGCAGAGGCGGGAGUUCAUGAAGCAGAGCAGACUGGACUGUCUGAGGGAGCAAGGAGGUGGAGAGGACAAAAAAGAGUUGAACAUCAUCGAACUGAGCCACAAAAAAAUGAUGAAAAAGAGAAACAAGAAAAUAUUUGACAACUGGAUGACGAUCCAAGAACUGCUAACUCAUGGCACCAGAUCCCCUGAUGGAACAAGAGUGUACAAUUCCCUUUUAUCUGUAACCACUGUGUAGGUGGGCCUUCUAAAUUAUGUAAAUAAGACACUACCAUUUGGGGUAGAAAUUCUUGCCAUGUUAAAUGUGGCAACCAUGUUUUUUGUAAAUAUAAAAUAAGUUGAUCUAAAAAAAAACUACAAUUUGAAAGGAUGGUUAUCUUGAAUGACAGAUUAUAAAAUCCAGUGUAGAUUGAAGGCAAAUUAUACAUAAACAAACAUUUUUUUUUCAAAUCUGCUUUCAAUAACCUUUCUACCUUUGUACUCAUAGUUUUGAAUACAAUGUAAAAAAACUGUUUCAUGCUGCCUUUAUACAUCAAUAUCCAUAACAUUGUCUCAUCAAUAAUCCCGAGUUAGACUUGCAAACCCUUUUGCAUUUGUAGACAGAAUGCUUGCCUAGGGCAGAUAACAACCGACAUGUAUGUAUUUUUAUUGAAAACAAGUAUUUUCUAUCAGUAUUUUACUGUUAAUGUGUACUUUUAUUUGCUUAUUUUAAAAAAAAACAGUAUUUAGCUUCAAGUUAGUAUUGGGAUCCUUUUUGAAUGGACUUUUGUACAUUUUAAUAGAUUUUCCGAACAAAUCAAUGGUGGUCAUGUUGGGCUGUACUUUUUAUGAUUUUUGUACACAACCAGCUUUUUAAUUUGUAUUAAAGUUCCACAAAAGGGAUGCUGCAUAUUAUCAGCAUUUUCCUAAAAAUUAGUUGUUUUGUGACAGACCUGUUAGAAAUACUGCCUGCGAAACUCUGUAGCCAGUUGAACAGGUUUUGCAUGUACAGUUACUGUAAUUUGUUUGUUUAUAUAUAUAAAAAGCUUAUUGUGUUAUUGUUGGAGCCUAUUGUAGUUACUGUGCGCUUUGUAGGAUUGGAUGUACUGAACUAAAUAUUACAAUUUAAUGAAUUCCUAGAUAGCAACACCUUUUGAUGUCUUGUAAAAUGAGAUAAAUAAUAAAUUAUUGUUUUAUAUUUGAUGCGCUUU